GAAAUGCAGGUCAACAACAGGCAUUAGCUGGGCAGCAGCAGCCACCACACAUGCCACAAAGCAAUGCCCAACCACAUGCAUUGGUUUGGCAGCAGCAGCCACCACACAUGCCACAAGGCAAUGACCAAGCACUGCAGGGUUGGGGUGGGCAGCAGCAGCCACAGAUGCAACAAGGCAAUGACCAAGCACUGCAGGGUGGGGGUGGGCAGCAGCAGCCACAGAUGCAACAAGGCAAUGGCCAACCACAUGCCUUGGCUGGGCAGCAGCAGCCACCACAGCAGCAACCACAGAUGCAACAAGGCAAUGACCAAGCACUGGAGGGUGGGGGUGGGCAGCAGCAGCCACCACAGAUGCAACAAGGCAAUGGCCAACCACAUGCAUUGGCUGGGCAGCAGCAGCCACCACAGCAGCCACCACAGAUGCAACAAGGCAAUGGCCAAGCACUGCAGGGUGGGGGUGGGCAGCAGCAGCCACAGAUGCAACAAGGCAAUUGCCAACCACAUGCAUUGGGUGGGCAGCAGCAGCCACCACAGCAGCAACCACAGAUGCAACAAGGCAAUGACCAAGCACUGCAGGGUGGGGGUGGGCAGCAGCAGCCACAGAUGCAACAAGGCAAUGGCCAACAACAGGCAUUAGCUGGGCAGCAGCAGCCACCACACAUGCCACAAAGCAAUGUCCAACCACAUGCAUUGGUUUGGCAGCAGCAGCCACCACACAUGCCACAAGGCAAUGACCAAGCACUGCAGGCUUGGGGUGGGCAGCAGCAGCCACAGAUGCAACAAGGCAAUGACCAAGCACUCCAAGGUGGGGGUGGGCAGCAGCAGCCACAGGUGCAACAAGGCAAUGGCCAACCACAUGCAUUGGGUGGGCAGCAGCAGCCACCACAGCAGCCACCACAGAUGCAACAAGGCAAUGACCAAGCACUGCAGGGUGGUGGUGGGCAGCAGCAGCCACCACAGAUGCAACCAGGCAAUGGCCAACCACAUGCAUUGGGUGGGCAGCAGCAGCCACCACAGAUGCAACAAGGCAAUGACCAAGCACUGGAGGGUGGGGGUGGGCAGCAGCAGCCACAAAUGCAACAAGGCAAUGGCCAACCACAUGCAUUGGCUGGGCAGCAGCAGCCACCAGAGCAGCAACCACAGAUGCAACAAGGCAAUGACCAAGCACUGCAGGCUGGGGGUGGGCAGCAGCCACCACAGAUGCAACAAGGCAAUGGCCAACCACAUGCCUUGGCUGGGCAGCAGCAGCCACCAGAGCAGCAACCACAGAUGCAACAAGGCAAUGACCAAGCACUGCAGGGUGGGGGUGGGCAGCAGCCACCACAGAUGCAACAAGGCAAUGGCCAACCACAUGCCUUGGCUGGGCAGCAGCAGCCACCACAGCAGCAACCACAGAUGCAACAAGGCAAUGACCAAGCACUGGAGGGUGGGGGUGGGCAGCAGCAGCCACAGAUGCAACAAGGCAAUGGCCAACCACAUGCAUUGGGUGGGCAGCAGCAGCCACCACAGCAGCAACCACAGAUGCAACAAGGCAAUGACCAAGCACUGCAGGGUGGUGGUGGGCAGCAGGGGCCACAGAUGCAGCAAGGCAAUGGGGGAGGGCAGCAACAGAGUCCACAGGUGGAGGCAAAGACAAAGGAGGAUGCAAAGACAGGCCAGGAGGUUGGCCACUAG